AUGUCGAAAGAAAAUGAAGUACCAGAUGAUGUGGAAUCUUUAAUGGCUUCCUUGGAUCAUCUGGGAGUGGAAAAUACAGAGACAGACUCAAAACCCGAAGAGAAAGAACCCACUGAAAAGAAUGAACAAGUGAACGCUCCUGAAAAUGAAAAGGAGAUUUUAGAUUUCUUGGAUGAAUUAGAGAAUGAAAAGCGCGAAGCAGCUUACAGACAACUUUCUGAAGGUGCUACGCAGGAAACUUCCAAAGCCCCAGCUGAAUCGAAGGAGAAGUCGCAAAACGAGCCUUCUGAUGACCGCACUUCCAAACGGUUUGAUACCCAGUAUGGACGAGAGGGUAACGAGACGCCCAAAGAGGAGAACAAGAAUAACUGGUUUGGCGGUUUAUGGUCAAGUGCUUCAGCAGCCGUUCGUUCUGCAGAACAGCAUGUUCGUUCUAUUAAGAAUCAUGAAGAAACAGCUCAUUGGGACAGCCAGGUCCGAAAAAUGAUGGACUUAAAUAAGCUUGGAGAUAUUGGAAAUGGUAUUCGAAGCAAGGCCUUACCGACAUUGAGUAACACCUUUCAGAAUGUAAUGAAUGUGGUUGCUCCUCCUAUUCAGGAUCAUGAAGUCUUGCAGGUUAUGGUGUUUCACGACUUAGCUGGCUUUUCUCACGUGGAUCGAAUUGUUUACGAUAGUUUUGAUAAUGUUAUGUCUCAAGUGGAGGGUGGUGAUUUGACGGUUUUGUUGGACAAAGAGGCCAAGGUGCGAAGCAGGACUGGUGAUUUGUAUGAAAACUUUGCCUUAUGCAAUGGAUUAUUGGAAGCGAAAAAGCUGGCCAAGGAAAAUUUGGUGCAACCAAUCCGACAUGCAAAAAAGUAUGUUGAAGAAUCGAAUUCUGCAAAGUCCGAAGAGGAAAACAGCGAGAAAAAGGAAGGAUCUUCUAUUCGAGUUACACAUUUGUUGUUGUCCAUUCAAGCAUUUACAGUAAAAUCGAAAGAAAUAUCAGAGACGGAGCAGCUUUGCUUUUUGUUAUGCUUGAAGGAUGUCAGCCAUGACCUGGAGUUUUUUACUACAUCUCAGCCAAUUCCUUUAGAAUGGCAUCAAUGGGCUGUGGAUAAUCGGUAUAUCGAGCUGUUUGGUCCGACGGCCAUACUUCCAAAUGAAUGGGCUAAUCAAUGGACCGAAAACUGUAUAUCAGUUGCUGCAGGGAUUCUUGCUCAAAUGUAUACCUCGAAACGCAUGGCUUUGGGGGAUCCAGCGCUCUUUGCUACCUUGGAACAGAGAAACGAAGUAGAAGAAAAAGAGCAACAAUCUGCUUAUUUUGAUGGUUUGGUGUAUACGUAA